AUGGACGACAGAUUGCGCAACAGCUCGGAAGCCCAGGCCCAUGCCACCAAUAUCGACCAUACACUGAAGGAGCUCCAGCGGAAAGUCCGUGAAUAUGAGGCUCAGCUGAACGAGUUGCGCUCCGCAGAGCUUGAGACGCCCAGCACUGCCGCCGGCCAAGCCCAGCUCCUCAAAGCGGCCUUUGACGAUGUCACCAACUCUGAACCUUUCCUCCCGUUCCCAGGAUCAGUGCUCCCGGCGCUGCUAGCCCUGCGCAAGACACACCAGACGAUUCAAGAGUCAAAGGCAUUCUUAGCCUCGCAAACCGAGUCAACCGAGAGAGAACAAAGGCAAUUGAAGCAAGAUGAAGCUGCGUUGAAAGAUCACCAGCUUCUUAAUGAAGCUCUUAAGCAGAGGAUCGAAUCGUUACGCACUGAAGUCGAAUCGGGAACCAACACGCAACCAGAAGAAGAAGCGCGCAAACGGAUCGAGGAACUACGGCGAAAGAAACAAGGCUACAAUAAAGAGACAAGCAAGCUGAUGAAAGCUCUCAACCGCUUCAUCGAUGACCACCUGGCGGUAAUGCUCGCAGCAGAGGCUAUGGGCGGGCCUGUGGUGGGAGACUUGAUGGACAUUGACGCCCAAGAUCUCGCCGCGGGGUUCAACGCGCAGGGGAAACUGAAGAAGCCAAAGGGCGAAAUCAACAAAGACAAGAGCCAACGGCGGAUAGACGAGAUUUGGGGCCCGAGCGAUGGCGACGGAGCUGGUAGUGGCAAAAAGACAAAGCCGAGGGACGCAGCUUCGGCGGCUGGGACAGAGAUGCGACAGCUUACGGAGGAGCUGCUCAACAGGCUUGUCGAGGCAAAGGGCAGCAGUUCGGAUGCCUACGUGAAGCUGCCGCAUGAGACGGCGGCGGCGAGGUUUCUCAUUAGGUCCAAGGUUGCGCAGUUCCAUCCCAGGGAUGCUACCAAGAUACGGCUAGUUGAUUUUGGGCGGGAGCUGGACGAUUAG